UUUCUCUCUCUCUCUUGAUGUUGAUUGAAUUUUCAUCAUCAUCACCAUAAUCAUCUGUGUGUCUCUGGUUAAUUAUAUUUUUUAUCUAAUUCACUAAUUAAUCUAAAAUAAUCUAAUCCUUUAAAUCAUCUUAAUCUAUAGAAUAUUAAACAAAAAUUCUAAGGUAAAUUACCUUGGACCGUUUUUGUGUGUGUGCUCUCUUUCUCUCUCCUCUUUCUAUCUUAUUGUCUCUUUUUCUUUUCUCUUUCUUUAUUCUCUGUCUAUUUUCUUUCUCUCUCUUUUUUUUCUUCUUUCUAACUACUUGAUAUAUCACCUAUCCUCUCCUUUUCCUCCUUUAAUUUUUAUUUUCACUUUCUAAUUAUGGUUGAUCCAGCCAAUGAACAACUCAAUAUUGACUCUAUCAUUGCCCGACUAUUAGAAGUUCGUGGAUCCAAACCUGGUAAAAAUGUUCAAUUAUCGGAAGCCGAAAUUAAAGGAUUAUGUAUUAAAUCAAGGGAAAUAUUUUUGAGUCAACCAAUCCUACUGGAAUUAGAAGCACCUCUCAAGAUAUGUGGUGAUAUUCAUGGUCAAUACUAUGAUCUUCUACGUCUAUUUGAAUACGGUGGUUUUCCACCUGAAAGUAAUUAUUUGUUCCUAGGAGAUUACGUAGACAGAGGGAAGCAAUCUUUAGAGACAAUCUGUCUUCUUUUGGCAUACAAAAUUAAAUAUCCUGAAAAUUUCUUCUUAUUGAGAGGAAACCAUGAGUGUGCCAGCAUCAAUCGGAUAUAUGGUUUUUAUGAUGAAUGCAAAAGGCGAUACAACAUAAAAUUAUGGAAAACUUUCACAGAUUGUUUCAAUUGUUUGCCAGUGGCAGCCAUUGUGGAUGAGAAAAUAUUCUGUUGUCAUGGAGGCUUGAGUCCAGAUCUUCAUUCUAUGGAACAAAUUCGCCGUAUAAUGAGACCCACCGAUGUUCCAGAUCAAGGACUAUUAUGCGAUCUCCUCUGGUCUGAUCCAGAUAAAGAUGUUAUGGGUUGGGGAGAAAAUGACAGAGGAGUUUCUUACACUUUCGGUGCUGAUGUUGUCGCCAAAUUCCUUCAGAAACAUGACUUAGAUUUGAUAUGUAGAGCCCACCAGGUUGUUGAAGAUGGUUACGAAUUUUUCGCUAAACGUCAAUUGGUAACAUUAUUCUCAGCUCCAAACUAUUGUGGAGAAUUCGACAAUGCUGGGGCCAUGAUGAGUGUCGAUGAGACUCUUAUGUGCUCUUUCCAGAUUCUAAAACCAGCAGAUAAGAAGAAAUUCACUUAUACUGCAAUGAACAAAUCACGGUCUUCAAGGUGAUCUAAAGAUUUAACACCAUUAUUAUAAUUUAACCAAAAUCACAAGAAAAGUGCAAAGACAUGUUCCUUUGCUUUACCUUCUCAAGAAUCUUUUCCUUGGUGGUCUUUACUUUAAUCUGGAUAAACUUUUUUUCUCGAUUUAACUUUCACUUGAUAAAAACACCAAAUAAACAUUCAAAUAUUCUAUCAAUAUUUGGAAAGUAAAAAAAAUAACAAUAAUUUUUAUCAUCAUUAAUACAAAUACAUCCAUUAUCACCAUAAACACACACUCACCACCGUUAUCAGUUUAAUCAUCAACACACAUACAGAACAUCAUAGAAUCACAUCUUUGUCAUCAUCAUCAUCGCAUCUUCAUUGGAAUCAAAGUGUAUUGACUGGAACAUUCUGAGUGUUAAGCAAUAAAAUCACCAUUAAAGUGAUUAUCUGUAUUUCAAUUAACAACAAUCAACAUAGAAAAGAGAGAGAGAGAGAAAAUUUCUCUUGACUUCACAAUCACCUUUAAGGAGUUAAAAUACCAGAGAAAAAAAAGAGAGAAUUAAAGAAGCCAGAAGAUGAUAAAGAAACCAAAAAGAAAGAUGAAGAAGACACAACAAUCAUCAUCAACAAUAAUCAAUUUCAAUGUUAAAUUAUAAUCGGAAAAUGAAUCACAAUCAGCUUUUUUAAGAGAGAACAUCAUUAUCAUCAUUUUGAUCUUGAUAAUCUCUUGAUUAUCAGAAACAUCAUUAUAAACAGAGGAGGUUAGCAAAGAUUUAAAAAGUAAAAGUGUGAAAAAAAACUUCUACUCACAACAAAAUCAAAUGAUUUUCACUUAAUCAACAAUAUAUUAUCAAUAAUAAUAAUGGUUUUUUUUUCACAAUCAA